GACUUUAAAUAUGAGUUCUUAAUAUUUAUAACUUCUAAAACUAAGACAUGUCGGCCUCAGAUCAACCCGACCUUUUAUUCUUUGAUACUUUUUCACAUGAUACCAGCGAGGAGCUGAAUUUGGAUCUCGUGCAGUUUCCAAAGUCUGUUUUUGUGAGAGAAAUCCGUAUAAUACCGUUGGGUGCACGAGUUGAAGGCGAUUUCCCGGGCGGUGUCCGCCUCGGAGCCACCAAUCCUACGAAGUUUCAUAUAGAUUUCUUCGUAAAUGACUUGAGUAAACCUGGAGCGACAACAUUCGAAGCUCUGGGCAGUAUAGAUUACUGUCAGAAUGGUCAGAUUCACAUGGAAUGUGGGAAUGAUCAUGAGCAAUCACGGAUACCGACAGAUGGGCUGGUGCUUAGAGGGUGGUACACCACUAUCACUUUGGCUGUCUAUGGGAACUUAACCCAAAACAUACCAGAACCACCAAUUGGUUCAAACCCUCCCCCUAACAUACAAAGACCAUCAAUAGCUCGGGAGGUUACAUCGGUACCAACAGCAAACCUCCAACAACAGGUUGAUUGGAAUCAGGAGACUUCCAAUCCAAUCCCAUCUUAUACCAGCAAUGUUGCAGCAAGCAACCCUGACUCUUAUGGUCCAAAUAAUUAUCCUCAAGAUAAUUAUGAUAAUCAGAUGUACAGGAAUGAUUAUUAUGAUAAUGAACCUCCAAAAGAUCCAAGGUCAUAUCACCAUAUCGAUGAUAAUGAGUGGGAAAAAGGUGGUGUGGAUGUUAGCUGCGAAAGAGAGAGCGAUCGGUUAAGACAUAGUCCCCGCUCAAUUGAGCUAGACAGGGAUAGGGAUAGAAGGGAUGGGAGAAGUCGUAGACGGUCUCUUGACCGUGGGCGUAGUCGCGAGUCUUCGAGACACCGUGAUCGCAGCAGAGAACUGGACAGAAUGGAGCGCAUACAUUCCAGAUCUCGAAGUAGGGAUAGAGAGUUUGUAGUCAAAGGAGAAUACCAUGGGCUUAGUCGGUCAAGAUCACGUAGCAUUGAUAGGGAUAGAAUGAGAGGAAUGUCUGCAGAUCGUGAUUGGGACAGAGGUUCGUAUAAGAAGGAUGACUAUAGGCGUCAUCGAGAUAUUUCCUAUGACCGAUCACGUGGUGCGUCUUACGAGAAAGAUUCCGCAUCCUAUGAACGCAGAUCACCAUAUGACAAGAGAGCACCAUCUUAUGAAAGAAAAAUACCUUACGAAAAACGUGCUCCGUCUUAUGAGAAGCGAGUGUCACCCUAUGAUAAGCGCGGGUCCUCUUACGAACGACGAGCACCUUCCUAUGAGAAACAAACAUCCUACGAUCGGAAAAGACAUUCCCCUUAUGGUAGGAUGAGGGGUUCUAGUUAUGGUAGUGGAUCGCCAAGUCGUGACGAUAUCCGGAAAAAGCCUCGAACUCCCCCUGGAGAGAGUAGCCGACGACCUAUAUCUCCCAGAGGGGGUGAGGUGGCGAGUCCUAUAAACUCAAUCAGAUCAGAAGAUGGAGGCGACUAUGAUCGAGGCAGUAAGCAGAUACCUCGCGUGGAGUUCUACCAUGAAACUUUCAGACAUAAUAAUUCUAUUAGAAGUCCAUCACAAGAGGUGGAAAAUCCUCCUUAUGUUGAACAACAGCAUUCUAGUUUGGUAACUGUUCCAAUUCUGGAUACUCCAUCUAUUGCCAAGACAAUUAAAUCACCAAUCCGCAAUCUCGAUGAAGAUAGGUCUAUGGAUGCAGAGCAAUUUGAACCGAUUCUUUCUGAUGAAGAAAUUUGCGAUGAUCCCGAAAUACCGUAUAUAGAAGAUUUGUACGAUCCAAAUGACUACUGUGGUACUGAUGACAUAAUUAAAUAUUACAACCCAUUCAAGGACGAGUGGAAUAAAUAUGAAUACAUAAAUAAACUUCAGUUGCUUGCAGUUAAAAAGAAUGAAGACAGCAAAGAUGUUCUUAAUGCAACUUUCAGUGAUCUGUGUGAUGCUAACUCCGAUUUAUUCAAGAUAUCGGAUAUAACCAAAGCAGCUAAAAGGAGGGAGCAGAAAUUUUUCUCGAACACAUUUACAGAGAUUGAUAACACGUCUAGGGAAGAGUGGGUGCACCAAUGCGAGAAAUUGUUGGUACCUCUAACAAAUCUAUGCAGAAACACUGAUAUUGUUCUACGAAUUUUUCAGUAUAGUAAUAAAGUAGAUGACGAUGACUUCGUUGAUAUUUAUAAUUUGUUGAUCACAUUCUGUAAAAUUGGUUUGAAUUUUGAUUUAGCUUUGGCCCAACAACAGCCUACAUACAAAAUAAGACAUAUGAAAUGUGGUAUUCGUUUAGCUGAAGCAUUGUUGAACCAUAAACAUAAUGGACAAGUUAUGAAUGUCCUGUUAAACAUGGGCAUAGACAUGCCAAUGCUCUUGUUUGAUAUAUAUUCAAAAGAAUAUAUGGCUUUAAGUAUAAGACUCAUGAUUCUAAAAGCACUAAAUGCUUGCUUGUCAUCAAAGGUCUCGGUUGAUCAUUUCAUGCAGAAAGUUAUUUUUCCUAAAUUCAAUAAGAAUGAUAGUGAAAAUUAUAAUAAACCGAAAAACGGAUACCAAGCUCUUAUUUCUAUAAUGCAGGGCAAUCCUUUAGCACGAAUCAAAUUUUCAGUCAGUGCAUUAAUUAAAAAACUUAAUAUGUACGAGUUACUGGGUAAACUCCAUGAUUUAGUUCUGAAUUUUAAUAAGAAAGCCGCUGAAAGUAAUCAAAACGAAGAUGCAGAACUUACAGAAAAUGACACUGAAUUUAUUAUCAACUCGCUCGAAGAAAUUCUUUACAUGUAUCGCACCCAAUGCUUCCAUCUUUCCCAGCCUAAGCGGUUCCUUCCAGCUUCAGCACAAUUCGAUAUUAAUAAAGAAUGUUCUAAUGAGAUUCUACUCGAGUUUUUCAACAUUCACCACAUAUUGGAGGUAUGUCUCUAUUUACUGACUUGUCCAACAACAUGCAACAACUUAGUGAUUACAAGUCCCAUCCAUGACUUGAUAUAUGAAUUAGUUAACUCUCAGAAUGGUCUCAACUUUUUGUAUCAAAAUAUUCAUAUGAGCGAGCUUCUCUUUAAAACGUUAACGCAACCGUACUGCCAACAAAAUGCCGAUGAGUUUAUCUAUCCACAUGAUCUAAGCAAUUAUAGUGAUUUACAAAUAUUAGGUCUAGAAAUGGCGUACAGGUUAAAGGCUUUGUAUUAUUUGCAAUCCAUCAGUGACCUGCAAGCUGGAAAAUCAGAUGAGAAUGAAUUAAUAGAUAGAUUGCAAUCUUUAUACUGUCUAAGCUUUGGAAGCAUUGGAAAGACUGCUGUACCUGACGUUAUCGUCAUGGAGGAUAAUGCUGAAUGUCUUAUGGAGGUAUUUGAAAAUGAUUUGAAGGCAAAAAAUAAAAAUGAAUCACAACUGAAACAAAAAUCUCCUGCUAAAGGUUAUGCUAUUGAACUUAUCGUAUCAGUGGUACGCUUCUCAGCAAAUGUUCCAUUCUUAAAGAAAUAUGGACAAAGACUCAUCAACGUAUCGAAAGAACACGAUAGAUUUGAGCCCAGUGUAUCGAGUGUUUUGCAGGAAGUGAUCCCUUAUUUGAAACCUGUAGAAAAACAGAGUCUUCUAUCGGGAGAUGACAUGGCUGAGUGUGUUGAGAUCUUGAAAGCUAGUUUGGAACAUUCGCCAGACUUGCCUGGUGAACUCAUGACUUGUUUGAGGAUCCUACGUCAUUUUUGUAUAUCGGAUUAUGAUACUAAUUUAUCAGUCAACUGUGAAUCUGCGACUGAAGAAUACGUUGAGCUUAAAUAUAAGUAUAAUGUUCUACAACUAUUUUCAUUCGACGGCGUUAUUCAUUUAGCUGGGAUAUUAGACCGCUUAGCCAUACAUUUCGAGCAACCGAGCAUGCACACAUCAUUCUUUGUGUCUGCUAAAGGCUUGCAGUUAGCACAAAUAAUGCUUCCUUGUCUAAAACUUCUAGAUGAAAUGUUGGCUAGAGUAGUUCGCUGUCGUGGACCAAGAUUUCGAGAUCUUACUGCAGCACCAAUAUUAUUAAAGACAUACGGAAUCGCAAAAGCAUAUCCAGUUGGAUCAGUCGGGUACAGAACAGCGGCCAAGGCCGCUGAAGCUGCUGUUAAAGCAUUGCUUGCUUAUGCUCAACCUAUUGCAGAUGACGCUAAUGAUGGCGACUCCAUACGGCGAGGACCUUGGACGUCCCUUUGCUCUGAAGUAAUAUCAUAUACAAUGACUGCACCAUACACUUUCGGGCCUGGUCUUUUAGUCUUUUCCGAACUUUUGCCGUUACCCUUACCAAUGCAGUCAAAGACUCCUCCAACUGAAAGAGAGUUAGCUGAUGCGUCAAACGAAAGACGUCUAUGGUCGGCACACUUGCACGCUUUGGGGAACGAUUUAAUAGAUAUGAUCCAGAUAAUAUGCAUGUCAACGUAUAGACCAGUUGUUCAUAUGUUACGAAGAGUUUGCGUACAAAUAGCUGAUUUAGCACCGAAUACUGCUGCAAUUGUUGCUAGAGCUGCUGUUGGAGCUGUAGCAAGAGAAUUGAAAGCAGGAGAACCUGCAACGCCCAGUUCAGCAAGGGUACUUGGAUUUCUAGCAUGUUUGGUUUCACACGCACCUGUGAAAUGUGCUGUGCUACAUACAAUGAACAGUGGUGGUACUCGAUCCACCGAUGUUUUAAAUGCUUUAUGUGGAGUCUUUAAUUUGGUUAAUGGAUUCAACGAACAAUCAGCUGCACAAGAGUUUGCUGCUCAUGCGUUAGUAGCCUUCUGUGAUGCGGAAAAUACCCUUACUCCUUUAAGUGCUGCUACUGACGUGCUACUUGCGAAUUCUUUGCCGAAUAAAGACGCUUUAGCAACACUGCUGGAUUCUACAGCAAAUUGCCUGGAGUCUACAAAUAAAACGUGCGCAGUAGCUUCUUCUGUAUUACGUGCUUACUUUGUGCUGACAGAACAUGAGUAUGGUUUUCAGCAGUUCCGAAAAUUUGUGACGAAAAGGAGAGAAUCUCUUGGAAACUAUAUAAAAUGGUGUCUGGAAGGUCCCGGGGAAGAUAGAGCAGAAUGUUUAAGCUUGUACCUAGAGUUGAUCAGGAUUUUGAAGGUGGAGGAAGGUGAAGGUCCUGUGGGAAGAAAGUCGACACUGACAAUAAACGAGAUCGCCGAUAUGGUGGGAUAUUCACUGUCAGAAGAAAAUAAUUCAAUCAUGAACUUAGAGAAGACGUUAAGGGAUAGAAAUUCCGACGAAGACGCUCUAGCGAACGCAAACUUUCUUACGUCUCACCUUCAAAAAUUAAGAGUGACCGAGGAGCCAGGUACUCCUCCUACCGAUCCUGUGGAAGCCGUUUUACCGCCACCGGACACACUGGUAGCGCAAUUCGCAGCCAGGAUCAUAUAUACUACAGGGGAAGCGAAUCACGAGCGAUUGACGUCGAGCUAUUGGCUUAACGUGCCGUCGGCCGGCGGGGACGACGACGUCAAUGACAACGAAUUGGUGUCGUGCGACAUCAUGGAGCUGGCGUCGUCGUACCUGUCGGGCGGAGGCGGGCCCGGCGCGGCCGGCGGGGCGGAGGCCCUCGCGGGGGCCGUGCGGCGCCUCGCGGGCUGCAUGCACCGCGCGCAGCCCGCCGCCAGCGACGACCGCCGCCCGCCCGGCGCAGUGGCGGUGUCCCGAAUGCGCGGUGAGGGCGGCGCGGAUGCGUUCCGUUCUCGUCCUCCGAACACGUCGCGUCCGCCGUCGCUGCACGUGGACGACUUCACGGCGCUGCAUCACCACCACCCGCACCAACACCAGCAGUACGCCGCGCCCGCAGCCACCGUCGUCGCCAGGGGACCCCGUCGCGGCGGUGCGGGUGCGGGGGGCGCGGGGGAGCGCGGCCGGUUCGUGUCUCCUGCGCCGCACUACAGACAUCUGCGAGGCCGGGGCGCGUGGGAGAUGGGUGGACAACAUUUCGGCCACUUCGCGCCAGCGUCCCAGUAUAUGAUGGGUGGAAUGGGAUGGGGAGGAGCGAGAAUGCAACGCGGCCCAAGACAUCGCAACUUCAUGCGAUAAUAAAUCAUAUAUUUCAUAAUAAUAAGGUCAUAUUUUGCGAAA